CACAAAACUACCACCAGCUAGCAUUUCUUGUCCAUUUCACAAGUUUAUACUGUCCCAUAUUGCAUUUUCAUGUUGCCUCUAUAUAUACUCCAAUUUUGACUUCACUUUGGUCACAAAAGAAGUCCCUAAUUAAAACACACAUUUUUUGGUCUCUCUCUGUCUCUCUCUCGAUCGAUCAAGGCUUUUUGGUGUUCCUACCCCUUGGUUGUGUAGGAAACUUCUUUGGUUUUCUUGUUCUUUCCAUAGCAUAAGCAUUCAGCCUUUGGUCUUUUUUCAAGAAAAAGGGACUAAACAUAAAUUUGAGCUGUCCAUCUUUCUCAUCUCCCUUGGUAUUAGAUUCAUCUUUUAGCUAGUGAUCAUGGCGAAAAUCGCUCCUUUUUCUGCUUGGCCAUGGGAAAAUCUUGGUACUUUCAAGUAUAUGUUACUUGGACCCUUAGUGGGAAGUAUUGUACAUUCAGGACUUCAAGGGGUUGAUCAUCUUGCAAGCAAUUGGUGUUUCCACGUUUUCUUUAUAAGCUUCCUUAGAUUUGCUCUAUAUAUGUGGUAUACUAACAUUUGUAACAUGCUUUUCCUCACUCGUAACCGAUUGAUUCUUCAGCAAGGCAUUGACUUUGAUCAAAUCGACAAAGAAUGGGACUGGGACAAUUUUGUAAUUUCACAAGCCCUACUUGCUUCAUUGGCUAUAUACAUAUUCCCUGAUGGAUUUGCUAACUUACCAGUCUGGGAAACCAAAGGGCUUUUUGUCAUUGUGGUGAUUCAUGUGCUUGUUUCAGAACAUCUUUACUAUUGGGUUCAUAGAUCCUUACAUGGAAAUUACCUUUUUACCCCUUAUCAUUCUUUCCAUCAUGCAUCAGCUGUACCCCAACCGGUAACAGCCGGAAGCACCACAUUCUUGGAGGAGGUGUUAGUUACCACAGUAAUCGGGCUGCCUGUACUUGGUUGUUGUUUGUCUGGAUACGGAUCUAAAACUAUCAUAUACGGCUAUGUUUUAGUCUUUGAUAUCUUACGUUGUUUCGGCCAUUCAAAUGUGGAGAUCAUGCCUCAGUGGAUUUUCGAAUAUUUUCCUUUCUUCAAAUAUAUUCUCUACACCCCAACAUACUACAGCCUACACCACACUGAGAUGAAGACCAACUAUUGCUUGUUUAUGCCUCUCUAUGAUGUCUUGUGGAAUACUUUGAACACAAAGUCUUGGGCCUCGCAGAAGAAAAUAAGUCUAGCCGCAGGCAAAUCUACAAGGAUACCGGAUUUUGUGUUCUUGGCACAUUGUGUUGAUAUCACAUCUGCAUUGCACGUCCCCUUCCUCUUCAGAUCAUUUUCAUCGAUGGCUUAUAGUGCUAGACUUUUCUUGGUUCCGCUUUGGCCAUUUACAUUCGUAGUGAUGCUACUCAUGUGGGCUAAGUCUAAGACAUUCCUCUUGUCUUUCUACAAUUUAAGAGGCAAAUUACACCAAACAUGGGCCGUUCCUCGUUUCGGAUUCCAGUAUUUCUUGCCAUUUGCUAGCGAAGGCAUUAACAAACAUAUCGAAGAGGCUAUUCUAAGGGCUGACAAAUUGGGUGUGAAGGUCAUUAGCCUUGCUGCUUUAAAUAAGAACGAAGCACUUAACGGAGGUGGAACAUUGUUUGUGAAAAGGCACCCGAAUUUGAAAGUACGUGUAGUCCAUGGGAAUACACUAACAGCAGCUGUUAUCCUCAAUGAGAUUCGCGAAGAUGUGAAAGAGGUUUUCCUCACUGGAGCCACUUCAAAGCUCGGACGUGCCAUCGCCCUUUACCUUUGCCAAAGAGGUGUUUGUGUUCUUAUGUUGACUCCAUCAACAGAGAGAUUUCAAAAUAUCCAACAAGAAGCACCAGCAAAUUGCCAGAAGAAUUUAGUUCAAGUCACCAAGUACCAAGCAGCAAGAAAUUGCAAGACAUGGGUAGUCGGGAAAUGGAUUACGCCUGGACAACAAAGAUGGGCGCCGGCAGGAACUCAUUUUCAUCAGUUUGUGGUGCCGCCCAUCUUGGCUUUUAGAAGGGACUGCACUUAUGGUGAACUUGCUGCCAUGAAACUGCCCGACGACGUUGAAGGCCUUGGAUCUUGCGAGUAUACAAUGGGAAGAGGAAUAGUGCAUGCAUGUCAUGCAGGAGGAGUUGUGCAUAGCUUGGAAGGAUGGACUCAUCAUGAAGUCGGUGCUCUUGAUGUCGACAGGAUCGAUGUCGUUUGGAAAGCUGCUUUAAAACAUGGUCUUCAACCUGUUUCUAGCCUUUCCAAGUGAUCUCAUUGAUAUUCAUUUUGUUUCAAAGUCAUAUUUAGUUUCUAAGCAUUUUCUUUUUACAUACUUCACCUUAAUGGAAAAGUAAUUUCAGAAUUUUAUGGAUUUACAAUUGAAUAAAUGUAACACCCCUAAGGAAAUAUUGGACACAAGUCCAGGAACAAUGAACCAAUAUCAUUCAAUUA